AUGUUAAACAAAAAAUCUUCGGCGACUGCAUCAAACAAGAAAAAUCCUUCAGAACGUAUCAAAAAAACCAUAAAGUCAAUUGUAACAUCAAAAGAUAUUAAAAAAAAUGAUACGGAUACUAAAAAUAAAAAUAUUACAUCAAUAUUAAAUACUAACAAACGAUUAGAAACAAAUCCUGAUGUUAUAACUUCUGAUGUCGAACCAAAAGGAUUGACUAAACAAAGUGGUUCAAAUGAAUCUAAUAAAAAUAAAAAAAUUAUGACUGGCAAACCUUCCAUUGAUAAACCUUCAAAGAUGUUAUCGAAAGUAGAUGAAUUAAAAAAUAAUUCUGGUUCAGUUAAACGAGUUCAAACUACCGACACUAAAAAAGGACUUUCAUCUGCUGCUUCGAAUGCUGAAACUAAAAAUCUUGUUGACGUUAGUAAACGUCGUAUGUCUUCAGCUGCACGUUCGGAAACAUCUGAGAUUAAUGGUAAACGGUCUUCGAAUUUUUCUUCGCGACCAUCAACACCAGAUAUUGUUAAGAAAUUGCCUUCAAAAAUAAAUCUAAAUCCUUCACGACCAACUACACCGGAACUUUCAAAAAAACAACCUCUUUCCAAAAUAAAUCAACAUCCUUCACGACCAACUACACCGGAACUUACAAAAAAACAAUCACUUUCCAAAAUAAAUCAACGUCCUACGCCAGAGCUUACAAGACGGUCCACAAUCACUUCGACACCAGAUAUUACAAAACGAACAUCUUCACGUUCUACAUCUCCUGAACUCACAAAAACCGCUAAAAGGCCAACAUCAAUGGUAUCAAAUACGAAUUCAAGACCUGCUUCACCAGAACUCACCAAAACUAUGAAAAGACCUACUUCUUUUAUGUCAGUUACGAAUUCAAGACCUGUUUCACCAGACCUCACCAAAACUACGAAAAGACCUACUUCUUUUAUGUCAGUUACGAAUUCAAGACCUGCUUCACCAGAACUCACCAAAACUACGAAAAGACCUACUUCUUUUAUGUCAGUUACGAAUUCCCGACCUGCAGUACCUGAAGUUAGAGCUAAACAAAAUCGUUCUACACAACAAAAUGAAUCUUCAAAUCUUAUUAUUAAAUCAAAACAAUCAUCUCAACAAAUUCCAUCAACAACAGAAGUCAUUAGAAAGCGAAGUGUAUCUGUUUUAUCUACCAAAUCUUCAGGACCAUCUUCAAGACAAUCUUCAAGACCAUCUUCAAGACAAUCUUCAAGACCAUCUUCAAGAUCAUCUUCAAGAUCACCUUCACCAGAAAUUACAAAGUUACCUGAAACUCAAUUAAUAUUAGGAAAAUCGAGUACUCUCGAACCUUCAAAGCCAUCGGUACCUGAAAUCACAAAAUCAUCAACAACAGAGACUAUAAGAAAACGUAGUAAUUCCGUAAUAACAUCGAAUUCUUUAAGACCGUCCACUCCUGAAAUUACAAAAUCAACAACAACCGAGACUAUAAGGAAACGUAGUAAUUCCGUAAUAACAUCGAAUUCUUUAAGACCGUCCACUCCUGAAAUUACAAAAUCAUCAACAACAGAGACUAUAAGGAAACGUAGUAAUUCUGUAAUAACAUCGAAUUCUUUGAGACCAUCAAUGUCAGAAAUUACAAAAUUACCAGGAUUAAAUGGUCGUAAACGAUCAAAUUCUAGUACACAAGUAUCAUUUUCUACCACAUUCCGUCCAACAAACAUUAAUAAUUCAAAUAUAAAUUCUCAAAUUAAAAAGAAAAGAAUAUCAUUUACACCAUUAACAACAACUUCACAAAUAUCUGAUGAUUUAAAAUCUUCAAUAUCAUCUGAAAUUUCAAUUGAAAUUAAUGAUAAGUCAAUUAUUUCAAAUGAUUUAAUAUCAGUAUUAUCUGAAAUUAAACAAGAUUCUGAGCCGAAUAAAACUUGUAUUUCAACUCUAGAUUCAUUAGAUAAUCAAAUUCUAAAUUCAUUAGAUAAUCAGACUUUAGAUUCAUUAAAUAAUUCGACUUUAACUUUAGAUUCAUUAAAUAGUUCAACGGUCAUAGAUUUAACUUCUUUAGAGAAUACAAACGAUAGAAUAUGUAAUAAUUCAAUCAAUCUGGAUGAUAAGAUUGAAAACAAAUCAAAAGAUGAAUCGAAUAAUAAUAUUGAAGAUGAAUCAAAAGAUGAUUCAAUUAAUCCAGAUGAGAAUAUCAAAAACGAAUCAAAAGAUGAUUCUUCUGAAGAAGUUAUAAAUGAAACGAAAUUAAAUGCCGUUAUGAUAGUAAAUAGUAUGAUGGAGAAAGUAAAAACAAUUAAGAAUGUUAUCGAAGUUAAUGGAACUAAAUUACCUGUAAUAGUAGAGCAAGAUUUUGAAAAUUCAGUUGAAGAGAUUAUCAAUCUAAAUAAUCAAUUCGACCAAAUAACAUUUUUGCCAACAGAAACAAAUAAUUUAAGUAACAAGAAACAUGAUGAAUCUACAGACAGAUUGGAUUGUGAAAAGACACGUGUCUUAGAGAUAAAAGAAUGCGCCACAAAGAGGCAACAAGUUUUUUCAAAUAUAAAUUUUUCGGGCAAUCAUAAUAAUACAUUAAAAAACAAUUUAGAUGUAAUGCAAAGUAAUAUAAAUUCAAAUUAUAAUAAUAAUCAAGGACGUGUUCUUGAAUUAUAUUAUUCUUCCGAGCCCGCUAUUAUUGAACAUAGGAUAAUACCAACAGAACCGUAUAAAAAAUAUGUUGGAUCAUAUGGUACAACACCACAAGAUAUACAUUUCACAAACUACGAGACACAAGAUAUUAUAAUGCAUAUUGAUGAAAAAAGAAUUAUGCAACAACAAAAUUUUUUAGAAUCUUCGGAAAUAGUAUUUAAUGAAAAUACAAGUUUAGAAAGUCUUUUAAAUUCUGUUGACUCAGUAUCAUCGUUAAUUACUACAUGUGAAGAAACAAUUCAACCAUCUAAUAAUAUUGUUACAAAAGAAGAACAACAAUAUUAUGAUGUUUCGAUUAACGAAGAUGAGAAUUUGGAUGCAAAGUACAAAAUGAAGAAGCCAUCUUAUGGCACAUUUCUUGAUUUAUAUUCCUAUUCGAACUCUGGUAAACCUGUUCAUGAUCCAUUAUUGUCCAAAGAUGAAAAAUCAAUGUUUUCACCAGUGUGUUGUCCUAUUUGUUGA